UGUUUGUCAGUUUAUAUUAUUUGUGGCUUUGAAGUGGAACAAAAUUUAACAUGUUAUUCGGACAAGUUGCGUGAUAACGUGUUUUUGUUUUUAUUAUGCUACGAUUUUACAAGUUCGUCGUGUUUCAGUGAAUAGAUUUACUUGUAUUAUUUUUUACAAAUAAUCAUUUUACAUCUAAUCUGUUUUCGGUAUUACUUAUCAGUGAUGUUAAUUCGGCUGAAGUUUUCCACUCGUGAUGUUCGUAUCGGUUUACUGCACUAACGUAAUGGUAUAAACUUCAAUUCCGGAGGUGUUUAUUCGGUGCAAUUUUGAUGAUCAAAGCUCUUGAUGUGAGCUGAAAAAAAAAUGUGCGAUAGUUGGUGAUGUGCGGCUGAUCUUUAUAUUAUUCUCUGGAGUACCGCUUUGAAAGUUUCAGUUCAGGUAGAGAAUGCCCGCACUGGUCCUUUUGGGUAGAAAAUGGCUCAUCGGUUCAGACGAUAUGGUUUUUCCUGCCCUGUUCGAAAUUCUCGUCAGGGUCAUAUGGUUAAUUCUAAUCAGCGUUGUGUGCAGCCGUUACUACUCAUGGACUUUCAACUGUGUCUCCGGUGGCAUUCUUGUACGAGCGUACUUGAUCGGAAUGUUAGCAGUAUUAUCGCUGGUGAUCUUUGUACUGGUGCUAUUGGUAAAUCGAAGUGCCCAAGGCGCCAUAUGGGACACAGAGGCUCGAAGAUUAGUCGGACCGUUGCUUAUAAUCAAAAUGUUACUAAUCGGACCAGAAAUAGCGAUGAACGUUUUAGGAACAAUGUGGGCAUUUACCGAUUACAUACAAUGUGAUGACGAAGAAUUCACUUCAACAGCAAUAGAAAUCGUCGUAUUAUUCAACUGGGCUUUAUUCGCAUUAACAGUAUUUGGUUUAGUUUUACUCAUGGAUCCUUUGGGAUCAAAAAGACUAGACGAGCAAACCGAUUCGACUGCCGAUACGCUGCGACAUAAGAAAGUAACCAGAGUUUGGGUACGAAGAUUUCGAUGGUUUUUUUGCUGGAUUAUGAGAGACGAGCAUAGCCACGAAGCGUUUGCACAAGCUGCUGGUUUAUUUAGCAGCUUGUUUCGAGGCACUGAUAUCAUACCGACUGAUUUUAUAGCUGGAUGUAUUCUAUUGAGAGUAAAACAGAAGAGAGAAUGUAGAGAACAACGAAGAUUAGCAUUAAUCGCCGAACAACGUUAUAAAUGCACUUCAGAUAUCAAAGAACUGCUGAUGGAUAAACCAUCGUGGAUGUGUAUGAAAAAAGCUCAACAUUAUAUGAAACUUUCGAUGGCAUCGUACGGAUGGUUAUUCGUUAUUUAUCGACAUUGUUGUACCGGCAUAUUCAAACUGUUUCCCAGACUCAUGUGUUGUUCUUGCUUCAGGGCGAAACCGACCAUCGUCAAAGGAGACAACUGCUGUUUAUGUAAUUUAGCCGGAGUUCGAUACAUGUCUCAUUUACAGCCUAAAGACAUUUUAUACGCUUCAUUUAGAAACCAUAUUUUUGAGUUACCAUUUUGUGUAUUAGCUGAUCAUAAGACUAGUUCUAUAUUAAUAUGUAUACGAGGCUCGUUAUCAAUGCGUGAUAUCUUCACCGAUUUGACAGCAACGCCUGAAAAAUUCCACGUCGAAGGGUUACCUACCGGAAGCUUGGCUCACAAAGGUAUGUUGUCCAGUGCGAAAUAUAUUAAAAAAGAAUUAGAAGAUUACGGAGUACUGGAUAAAGCUUACGCUAUCUACCCCGAAUACAAAUUAGUUAUAACUGGUCACAGUUUGGGUGCUGGAACUGGUACUUUGUUAGGGUGUAUGCUGCGACCCAAGUUUCCAGAUGUUAAAGUUUACGGAUUCAGUUGUCCUGGAGGUAUGGUCAGUAAAGAGUUGGCCAAGUAUUGCGAAGAUUUCGUCUUCAGUAUCGGUAUUGGAGACGAUUUAGUCAUGAGAGUCGGUAUCGAUUCUGUUGAAGAUCUGAGAACCAAUAUGAUGCAUGUGCUGCAUGCUUGUAGAUUGCCUAAGUAUCGAAUAUUUUUGAACGGGUUUGGAUAUGCUUUCUUUGGAGUUCCGUCGAGAGAUUUGGAAUCGACGUGGAAAUCGGAUCGUAUUCGAACGCCAGUGUUUUCCACCAGAGAUAGGCAUUCUCCUUUGUUAACCAAUGGUGGUCCUUCUACGUCUUAUGAUAUUACCCCGAUUCAUCCGCAACAUGAAGUUGUUUCCCGAAGAUUCUGCAAGACUCGACUAUACAUGCCUGGUAACAUUGUCCAUGUCACGAGGAAAAAGAAAACUAAAGAAGAACGAAAAGCAGCCAAAAAACUGAAGGUACUCAACGGAGACGACUUCGAAAUGCGUUGGGCAACUUGCGAAGAUUUCUUGGAGAUGAGAAUAAUGCCUCGAAUGUUACUCGAUCACUUACCAGAGAACGUUUUCAAAACUUUGAACGCCAUCAUGGAAUGUCAACAAACGGAAAUCGGCAUGGAUAUGCCUGAAAUCACUGUCAUAUGAGAACUCCUCCUCGUCUUCCUGUCUUCGUGUACUUAUUUCUUGGAAAGAUUACUUAAUUGAAAUGUUGCUCUGAGUGGCGCGAUUGCUCUCUUUUGUGUGUUUUUUAUCAUUUUUGUUUCGUUUUUAGUAACUUGUGAAAUACUCCGUCCAUGGAUUUUUUUGUUUUCCCUUAGAAAAAUGGUGUGGAUAUCGAGAUGAAAAUGAAAAAGGUGGAAUAUUCCACGCCUGUUGUGAUUGUUACGAGAGUGUCUUUUUAUUUAAUUUACUUACCAAACAGUAUUCGUAAGUUGGUACGUGUGUACUCGUGCUUGUUUUUUAACGAACAAUCUCUUUUCCCUCUAAGUUCCUUACGAAUGAUUAUUUAACUCGUCGUUAUAUUAGAUAGUUUAUUUUAUUAUAAUUACGUGUACCUAUGUGUAUUUUUUAGAUUGUAUUUUGUUUUUUUUCUCUCUCUCUCUUUCUUUCUCUCUCUUCGUCUUCUCAAAUUUUUUAAGUAAUAUUGUAUUCUGUGAUUGGUAUUAUUUUAUGUGUUUUUUUUCCUUCGUUUAAGUACUACUUAUGGCAUUCUUUCUUCGUUUUUUUUUGUUCUGUCGAGAAAGAGUUUAAAUUUUUAUCGAGUGAUGAUGGUUUUUUAGUUUGUUGAUUCGUGUGAGAUGUACUGUACCCGAAGAUUAGUAUUCCACAUUAUGUAUAGGUUAUUAUCUCCCCUUUGUACCUAAUUUUUUUCUUAUUUUUAUAUACGUCCGAGACGAACAAGUGAUUUUAUCGUUGAAAUUGUUGUAUUCGUAUGAAUAUAAAUAUUUGAAUUAUUUUA